AUCAAGCUCUUGAUUAUCAUAAACAAGCAUUAGAAAUUCAACAGAAACUUUAUUCAUCUAUUCAUAUCAACGUUGCUACAAGCCUCAAUUACAUUGGUAUCAUUCUUCGUAAUCAACGAAAAUAUGAUGAAGCUCUGGAUUAUAAUCAACAAGCAUUAAAAAUUCAACAGAUACUUUAUCCAUUUGGUCAUAUGAAAAUGGCUUAUAGCUUCAAUAACAUUGGUACUAUUCUAUAUGAUCAAGAAAAGUAUAAUGAAGCAUUUGAUUAUUUUCAGCAAGCAUUGAAAAUUCAGGAGAAAUUUUAUCCAUCUAGUCAUGAGACCAUUGCUACAAAUCUCAAUAAUAUUGGUAUGGUCCUUCGUAAUCAAAGAAAAUACGAUGAAGCUCUAAAUUAUCAUCAAAAAGUAUUGGCAAUUCUACAGAAAUUGUAUCCAAUUGGUCAUGAGGAUAUUGUUCAUACCUUUAACAAUAUUGGUGAGAUUCAGUAUUGUAAAGAAAAGUAUGAUGUAGCUCUCUAUUAUUAUCAACAAGCAUUGAAAAUUCAAGAGAAUCUUUAUCCAACUGGUCAUAUUGAUCUUGUUGGAAGUUUUAGCAAAAUUGGUGUUAUUCUCAAUAUUCAAGGAAAAUAUGCUGAAGCUCUUGAUUAUCACCAACGAGCAUUGAAAAUUCAGGAGAUAUUUUAUCCAUCUGGUUAUAUCAAUGUUGCUAGAAUCCUCAACAACAUCGGUAGUAUACUUUGUAAUCAAAGAAGAUAUGCUGAAGCUCUCGAUUAUCAUCGACGCGCAUUCAAACUUCAACAAGAAUUUUAUCCAUUGGGUCAUAUUGAUAUGGCUUAUAGCUUCAAACACAUAGGUGAUAUUCAUUUUGAUCAAGAAAAGUACGAUAUAGCUCUCUAUUAUUAUCAACAAGCAUUGAAAAUUCGUGAAAAAUUCUAUCCAUCAGGUCAUGUAGACAUCGCCUCCAGUUUGAAUAAUAUUGGCCUUUGUUAUGAAAAUCAAAAUAAGCAAAAUCGAGCACUUGAAUACUAUCAACGUGCAUUAACUAUUUAUGAAAAAUUUCUUCCUGUUCACGAUUCAAAUCGUCAUAGAAUUGAGCAUAGAAUCCUUAAACUAACUGGAAAAGCUUGA